AUGAAUAGAAUCUUUUAAACCUAGCUAGCCAAUUAAACUUUUUUAAUCUGUCUUUAAAAUUAACCCUAAUUGUUUUAAUACAGUAUUAUUUAACAUAGACAUAUUAAUAGUACCUUAAAUUUAUUAUGGAGACAUUGCUUAAUUAAAUACAGGGAUAUCGUAUAUCUAAUAAUGUAGCAAUUACAAUGGAACAAACAUAAACGAAUAAUAAUAUUAGAAUAAUUUACAAUAAGCUUAAGUCUUGGAAUAGCCUUUAUAUAUAAAAAAUGAAACAGAAAGGGAAAUAAGUGAAAAUAAAUUGAAUUCUAUUGAAAACCCUUAAAUAUAUUCUUUAGGUCAUUGGAGUAAAGAAGAACAUGAAUUGUAUCUUGAAUUCAUUGAUACUCAUUAUGAUAUAUUGAAGUCAAAAUAUGAUAAAAAAUCUAAAAAGAUUUUUAAAAUGAUGAGUUAAUACAUAUCGUCAAGAAAUCCUACGUAAUGUAGAUCUCAUCAUCAAAAAUUUAAUCCACUACAAUAAAAUAAGAGAAAGAAAAAGUUUAAGGUGGAAAAAUAUUGA